CUCUCUCUCUCUCUCUCUCUCAUCGUCAUGGACAGGCACCGCCAGUCAACAACAACAUGAACAACUACGACAAGCCCAUGCUUGCUCGUCCGUCUUGGACCUGUAAUUUUUUACUCGUCAAUGGCCUGGAACCUGGUGUAAUCAUCCUUUUCCUGUCAUGUUUCCAACACACGGCCCAAAUGCCAUAUAGGUUCAGCCCGAUGUCUCGAGCUUGCCCGCCACCAUCAUAUCAUGCCUUCCUCGUUGUCUUCUCUUUUUUUCUGCCUCGCCUGACCACGACGAAGUCAUUCCUGCUCACUCGCCGCAUUUACUGUCGCAAUAGCAACCAAACAAGACGGAAUUCCAUCCGAGGUUUACUUCGAGGGCGUACGUACCCCCCAACCACAUGAGAGAUUCAAGAUUUCGACCUUCUGUCUCCUACCUGCAACUUGUUUGUUGUUGCCUCUGCCCAGUUCGGAUACGGGGAUCCGUCAGGAGGAGACCCAAAAAUAGUAAGAUUGGGCUGGGGCUGAUCGACUGGGGCUGAGGCGGUGCAUCCACCACGCCUCGCAUCGCUGCAUAGCACAUCUGGCGGUGGACGGGAUGGAUGCACAGUUCAACUCUUCUGGGCGCUAGCACGUCUUCACCACCGCUGACACAAAGGAAUUUGCCCCAAACCAGCGAGCGGCUGCGUACGCCUCGUUCCAAUUCAAAUACCUACCUACCUAGGUACUGCUUGCUGUAUGGAUACUACUCAGCACGCUUGCGGCCAGUUCCGAGCCUCAGCCAUGAUCAGCCCCAGUGGCUACACUACCAGUUUGCACGAGGA